AUGAUGGUUGUGAGGAAAGAGACACCGUCCGAAGGUCUUGCAAUAGUUCCGAUUCAAGUUUGUCUACCAGUGUCCCAAACAACUACUGUGCCGAAAUUUGAAGAAACACCUGAGACAGAAUAUGAACCAACCCCUCUGCUACAAAUUGAAGGACCUACAAAAACCACUCCUGAACUCCCCCAACAACUUGAAGAAAGCACACCCACGCUUCUCCCAGCUCCAUCUAAAACUUAUCCAGCCCCAGAAGACGCUGCUGCGCUAUUGAUGAUGGCACGGACAGCAUCGUACAUUCCUAGAACAGAUCCGUUGCCAUCAUUCAGCCUUGCCUUCACUGAUUCAAGCCAAGAAGAAGCAACAACGCAGGAGGGAGCGUCAACGCAGGAGGCAGACAAGGCAAAAACUCCAGAAACUGCAAUUUUGCUAGAACAAUUAGACGAUUUGGUACAAAAAAUAGCAAGCAGUGCGGCGAAAGAAGAAAGUAAAAGUCCACAAAUUCAAAAGGAGACUGGCGGAGAAAGUUCUGGGAAGUUUGAAACUCCUGCGGGAAUAAAUCAGAAUACGGUUGAUAUGAAAGAGAAGUGCUACAUCUGGGGGACGCGAGUGAAGACAUACGCAGAUGGCAGAACUAACGAGUUUGACAACGUGUGCACUCUGAUUGCCCAAGAUAAAUACAUUUUGACAAGAAUGCACCUUGCAUCACUCCAGGCAGAAAGUUAUAUAGAAGCUGAGAUUGUAUCUGCCAUGUGCCUCAUCCUCAACCAGAAAAAUGAUAAAAGGUUUCGAGAACAAGUAUACUGUCUCCCCCCUAAUAUUUUGAACAUGGCCAUUUGGAAGCACCCAAACGGGGAAUUCAUAUCACCUAAAACCAAUAAAGAAUUCAGGGUGGAAGACUACCCAAUGUUUAUUCCCUUCAUAAAUGCAAAAAAAUUAACUUCACAUCCAUAUGUAAAUUUUCAUUUAUAAAAUUUGUUAGUACCG